AAGUCGGUUCUUUGCGCUGUUUUGUUUUUUUAUUUUUAUCGUCCGGCGUCACACCGCCAUCUAUAUUUUGUUAAAUAUUUGUACAGUUGUAAAUGAAUUAAAAUGAGCGUGGAGGACUUGGUGCGAGACAAUACGCGUCUCAUGAAUGUUCAUACGGUACUUCAGCACGCGGCUAUGGCGUCUUUGACUUGCACGGGACCUCGCACAAUUGGUCCGGAUCAGAAACCAAUGCGUGCGGAAAAACCGCCCAGUCAGCAAAUCGAGCAAUCAGGACUCGUCGAACCAGUCGACAGCGCCCUCUCCCAAUUAUCAAUUACCAUGCCAACAAAACGGAUAUCGUCCGUGGAUAUUUUGCCAAGCAUUGGGCCCGACCUAAACGACAUAAAUGCCAGCAUUGUCAAGCGGGAGAUAGAGAAGGAAUGUAAGCGCAGUGUGCGCCACCAAUUGGAUCUGAUUAAGGAACGGCAACAAAAGGCGAUCAGUGAACGCCUUGCCAGCCAGCGUAACACAGAGCUGCAGAAGCAGCGGCAUAUCAAUAGCCGCACAAGGCGGGAAGAGAGCGAUAAACUCAUAGAAAAACAGGCCGAGCAGCUGGCCAAAGUAGAGCUGGAGGCGCAUCAGCGCGAGCAGAAGGCGCUGCUCAAGCAGAAUAACCAAAAAUUGCAUCUACUAAUAGUCGAGGGUGUUUCGCGUUGCCAUAGGCGAUUCUGUAGCAAGUACGAGUUGGUGACAAAGCUGUUCCUGGCCCUGGACAAGGAGACCGUGCAGGCGUGUGCCGCACAAAAUAGCGAAUUGCGGGAGCUGGCGCAACUGUUCGAUCAGCUAGUUGAGAAGCUAAAAAAGGGCGGCAGCGAUCCGCCAGAAUUGAGCUGUGUGUUCACAGCGGAGCAGUACUGCCAGCGCCUGGAUAAGCUGGAAGAAAAUCUACACAAACAGCUGUCGGAACAACACCAGCAGCAACUGGACAAGGCCAAAAAGUUGGCGGAAGAGCAAGAGAAGCAGCGUCAAGCAGAAGCAGAGGAGCAACAGAAGCAGCAAGCACUGAAAGAGCAGCAACUGGCAGCUGAGCGCAAAGCGACAGCUGAAGCUGCUGCAACUGCAGCCCAGGCGGCACCCAAUACAGAGGCUCCAGCCACAUCAGCACCAGCCCAGGCCCCAGCCCCAGCUACAGCUACAGCCCCAACCCAAGCCAGCAUCUCCACCAGCUACGUGCAUCCAACACGUUUGGCUUUCUACAACGAGAUCAUUGCAUUGUAUCAGAGCAAAGUGGAUGCCGUCAAACCACUUCAAACGGACGAGACAUGGAAGAAGUAUCGCACCAAUUGCCAGCGAACCAUCAACUUGCCAUUGAACGCGAUUACAGCCACGAGUGCACAGCAUCUGAAGAACAACUUUGAUAAGCUAUACAAUUUCUUUGCGGGCCAGCCGGUGAGGACAACGGAUGGCAGUACGAUUACCAUAAACGAUCAUCCAUUGGCUAGGGAUUACUGCAUCCUGCUAAUGGCCAAAAAGUUUGUUAGCCAAACUGACACCGCCAUAUCCAGCAAUCCACAGGCCGCUUUCCCAUUUGCCUCCGUGAUUGUCACCUUUUGGAAGCUGCUGCCCGACUUUGGGAAGAUCUUCUUGGCCUACAUGUACAAGGAGUCGCCAUAUCUGGUGCCUUACGUGAUUCCCCAGCAGCCCGAUCAAACGCCCGAGCAGUAUUUAAAGACAAUGGGCUAUCGCAUCACCGAGAACAAUCAACUGGAGAAGCCGGAUAUGUUCCUCAAGCGUCAAACGGGCAUUGCUCGGCUUUAUGCGGCGGUCAUCAUCACGCCUGGCCGCCAAGCCGAUGGACCCUACAAUUGCUUUGGCCUGGAGGAGGCUUGGGGCUGGCUCACCCAUAUCAUGCAGUUGAAGCCCUUGCCGGACAUAUGCGCCACCAUGAUCAUGGAGAUGCUGCAGACACUUGGCUUCGAGCUUUGGCAUGCCUACGGCAUGAACUUCGUCAAGCUCCUGCUCUACAUACAGAAUAUAUAUAUGCCGCAGCUGUCGGCCUACGAUGAGGGCGGUCCGAAGACACGCCUAGAAAUGCUGCUAUCGAAAUUUUUACGUGAGCGUCAAAUACCUCAGGCGAUGGGCGUGCUGCCGCCAGGCUUCUGGUGACUUCUCUCUAUAUAUAUUUUAUGAUAUAUAUAAAUAUAAUUAAAUAGUUCAUAAGAUUUAAAUUACUUGUUAUUAUAAAGUUCGUUAAGAUGUAUUUUUAUAAGACGAGUGUAUGCGCCCUUUCUUUGUUAAAUAAAGUCAAGUACAACACAAUCUCUUCUCUUUCUCUUAAGCAUUACACCGAAUAGAAAGCAUUGAAAUUUCAUUCUCGAAUUAUAUAUAAAACAUAAUCCUUAAUCAUUUGACUGUCUAAAUUUGUUUGCAGAAUGGUUCGAGGUGACUCGGAGCCCAAAAAGAGGCCGACAAAAUGUUGUGGGAAAACCCAUAUGCUGCUCAAUACGCUCUGCAAGGAUAAAGCUUUUCUGAUGUUCCUGACGCACUUUCGCAGAAAUGAGAAAGUGAAGGAAUACAAUAUGACCAAAUCACAAUGCUUGACCAUCGCCGCCAAAGUCUGGAAUCGUAUGUCGGACGUGGAGAAGUUGCCCUAUAUACACGAGGCGCGCAACUUUAAAUAUGUCUUCAAGUCGAACAACAAUUGCCUGAAUUGGGCCGUCAAACAAGUGCGACAAAUACUCGUGGCCGAUGGACAGCUGUAUUUGCAACGCCUCUGGCAGCUGGCCUCCAAGCUGACAGCCUGGAAUGAUCGUGUGAUUGACAAUAUUCCAGCACUGGAUGGAAAGAAGCAAUAAUUAACAUCUGUGAUCAAUAUGUGAUUGUUUAACAUGUGGUUUUUGGCUUAACUGUACAAUUGAAAUAAUAAAGUAUUUAAUAAGGGA